AGUCCAAUUAAUUUGGCAACCACAUUUUUUCUUUUUGCCUUUGUGAUUUAUUAUGGCUAUUUAAUGCAGAGUCAACUAGAAAGUUGAAUAGUAAAAGGCUACAGGCUGUGCAGAACAACACAAACCAUGUUCUCAGAGUUGAUGAUAUAAAUCAAAGCCAGAGAAGAGUGAGAAAGAGAGAGUAAGAGAGAGAAUGGAUGUUAGGAACAUAGCAGUGGUGGUGGAAGAUGUUGAUGCAGCUAGAACUGCAUUAUUGUGGGCACUUCACAAUAUCAUUCGCUAUGGUGAUAUAAUCACCUUGAUCCAUGUCUACCCUUUAACAAGAACCAAAACCAAAAACAAAGCUCGUCUUCUUCGCCUCAAAGGAUUCCAAUUAGCACUUUCCUUCCAAGAAAUCUGCAACAACUUCUCCAAUACAAAGGUUGAGAUUGUUGUUGCUGAAGAGGACAGAGAAGGAAUGAAGGUUGUGGCUAUGGUUAAAGAGAUUAAACCUUCAAUGCUUGUAGUUGGACUCCAUGAUCAUAGUUUUAUUUACAAGUUGGCAAUGGAGCAUAAGAGUAUAGCUAGCUACUUCAACUGCAGAGUUCUUGCCAUCAAGCAGCCUCCAGUGUCCCCAGUCAGCUCCAUGGUUUCUGGAGUUGGUGUCCUAGAUAGUUCAACAGAAAUGGACUUUUCACAGAUUCACAUUUGUAGAUUACAAGUUUCUGAUACCCUUCCACAAAAAGUGAAGUACCGAAUUUGCCCUGAUCCAGCUGCAAUUAUUUGUAGAUUAAGGAGGUCAAGGAGAAGGUGAAAGGAGGGUCAACACCUCAAGCCCCUCUUGAAGCUGACUAAGUCCAUAUAGUUUAGAAAUCUUUUUCUUUUGAUUAAAGUGGUCCCAAGAAACAGUUGGAGAUUUGAUCUCAUUAUUUUGCUCCCAAUAGUUUAUUAAUUCUCGCCUGCCAUAGAUAGAUACAAAGGAAGAGUGCAGUUUACAUGGUAUAACUUUGCUGUUAAUUUGUACAUUUGUUCUGAUUGUAUAAAUUAAGGAUCUCGUGGUAACGGGCAUUUACCUGCUUACAUAUUUGAAUAGUGAAGAUAACAUUUUAUGUUUUCUCUA